UUGAGGGCACGCAUUGUAUCGCUGUUUCUGUCUGUUUUACUUUCUUCUCUCUCUCUCGAUAGCGCAUUGCGCACUCUUUCUGCUUCAAAUUCACAGAGACGCAUCACACAGAUUUCAAUUUAAACUAAAAAUAGAAUUAAAAGAAGGAAGCAAGUGAAGUGAAGAAGGAGGUGUGUGGUUGAAGUUGAACCAAACGCCACCGUAUCGAUUGAUCGAAAGAGUGAGUUGUUUGAUCUACAUCUUACAUGUACUUGCUUCAGCUUGGCCCGAUUUCAAAUCUGAUUCGGUUUUUCACGUGUUUGCGUGGGAAGGGAAAUGCUCGUUUGUUUCCUCAAUUUUACUUGAAAACUCGCACUUGUCCUACAUUCUUUACUCUAUUGGACCUUAUUUGGGCGUUUCUCUCAUGGCUUUCACUGCUCCAAAUCACAAAUCUGGCGGAAUUCAUGCAGGGGCAAUUAAUGAUGAUUUAUACAAGGAAUUGUGGCAUGCCUGUGCUGGUCCCCUUGUCACUCUUCCUCAUGAAGGGGAGCGAGUUUAUUACUUUCCACAAGGUCACAUGGAACAGCUUGAGGCAUCUAUGUAUGAGGGAUUAGAGCAGCAGAUGCCUUCCUUCAAUCUACCUUCUAAAAUAUUAUGUAAAGUGGUCAAUGUUCAUCUUCGGGCUGAACCUGAAACAGAUGAAGUAUAUGCACAGAUAACACUGCAUCCUGAAGCAGAUCAAAGCGAGGUGACAAGCCCUGAUGACCCUCUUCCUGAAUCUCCAAGGGUCAAGGUCCAUUCAUUUUGCAAGACACUCACUGCUUCUGACACCAGUACCCAUGGAGGUUUCUCUGUUCUUCGAAGACAUGCAGACGAUUGUCUGCCUCCACUGGAUAUGUCUCAGGCUCAGCAGCCACCAUGGCAAGAAUUGGUUGCAACUGAUUUACAUGGGAAUGAAUGGCAUUUUAGACAUAUUUUUCGUGGACAACCCAGGCGCCACUUACUUACCACUGGGUGGAGUGUCUUUGUCAGUUCCAAAAAAUUAGUGGCUGGUGAUGCCUUUAUAUUCUUAAGGGGUGAAAGUGGAGAGCUGCGAGUUGGGGUUAGGAGGCUUAUGAGACAGCAAAGCAAUGUGCCUUCUUCUGUUAUAUCUAGUCACAGUAUGCACCUCGGUGUUCUGGCCACUGCAUCUCAUGCCAUUAACACUGGAACACUGUUUUCUGUAUUUUACAAGCCCAGAACAAGCCGAUCAGAGUUUAUUGUAAGUGUCAACAAGUAUCUGGAAGCUCAGAGUCAUAAACUCUCUGUUGGGAUGAGGUUCAAAAUGAGAUUUGAGGGUGAUGAAGUUCCUGAAAGAAGGUUCAGUGGCACAAUUGUGGGUGUUGGAGAUAAUAAAUCAUUGGUCUGGCCUGAUUCUGAGUGGCGAUCAUUAAGAGUGCAAUGGGAUGAACCAUCAUCAAUUCUGCGUCCUGAUAGAGUUUCUUCAUGGGAAUUGGAGCCACUUGCGUCUACCACUCCUGCAAACUCUCAGCCAACCCAAAGAAACAAGAGGGCACGACCUAUCAUUCUACCUUCUACAAUGUCUGAUUCUUCUAUGCAAGGCAUAUGGAAAUCACCAGUUGAAUCUACACCUUUCUCUUAUUGUGACCCCCAACAUGGGCGUGGCCUCUACCCAUCACCAAAGUUCAAUUCUUCUGCUACUAACUUUCUUGGCUUUAGUGGGAAUGGCUCUGUGGGACCUCCUUCCAACAAAUCAAUAUAUUGGUCUAAUAGGGUAGAAAAUUCUAUGGAAUCUAUAGCCCUUAAAGAAGCUGGAGAGAAGAGACAAGGCACUGUAAAUGGCUGUAGACUCUUUGGGAUUCAGCUAAGUGAGAAUUCUAAUGCUGAAGGAAGUUUACAAACAGUUACUUUGUCGGGAAGGGUGGUUGAUGAUAGGUCUGUUCCAUCUUUAGAUGCUGAGUCUGAUCAGCAUUCUGAACCAUCAAAUGCCAAUCGAUCUGAUAUUCCAACUGUAAGUUGUGAUGCUGAAAAAUCAUGCCUGCAGUCUCCCCAGGAGUCACAAAGCAAGCAAAUAAGGAGCUGUACAAAGGUUCACAUGCAAGGAAUGGCUGUUGGGAGGGCUGUGGAUUUAACACGAUUUGAUGGAUAUGAGGAUCUACUUCGGAGAUUGGAAGAGAUGUUUGACAUCAAGUCUGAGCUCUGUGGGUCCCUAAAAAAAUGGCAGGUUGUCUACACUGAUAAUGAAGAUGAUAUGAUGAUGGUUGGAGAUGAUCCAUGGCAUGAGUUCUGUACUGUUGUGAGGAAAAUUUUCAUCUACACUUCAGAGGAGGUGAAGAAGCUUUCGCCCAAAAUAGGACUCCCAAUUAAUGAAAAAGUUAAACCAGGUAAACUAGAUUCUGAAGCAAUAGUGAAUCCCGAAGACCAGUCGUCUACUGUGGGGCCUGGUUGCUAGAACUCCUACGAAUUCCAGUGUACGUUAGUUGUAUGUGCAAUAAAUGGUGGUAUGGAAGUAUGACUUAGAACAUGGAGGGAAACGAGAGUGAACUUGGCCAGCACUUCAACAUGGCCAAUAGGAGCGUACCACUUGUGUACUGUGCAGCUAGGCUGGCAUGACAUCAUCAUCUUUUGACAGAAAGCAGCAUGACAGGACCCUAUGCAGAGGAUUGGUUUGAGAUUCUGCUGUUUGAUCUUUCCUUCAAUGAAAGAUGUGCUUCGGAUAUUGUGGUUUUUCUAUUUCUUCUAUUGCUCGGUUAUAUCCUGGGGUUUAGCUGUCCUUACUCGUUCGGUGUUGAGUUUGCCGAGAGAAUGAACACCGGUACGUCUUUACUCAAUUAUCGUGCCAUGCAUGAAUUGUUUCUUUUAUUUUUUCGGUUCUUUUGUAAUUCACUUGACGUGAUACAAGUCAUUUUUGUACAUAUAAGUAUUUAUUAUCUUUGAAUCCUAUAUAAUGUAUGUAUCAGUCAUGCACAAACAAUUUGGUCUGGAGUGUAUUAAGAUUUUAUAUUAACUAUAUUUGUAACUCAUGAUUGUGUGGAGAAGGAAAAAGAAAAUUAUGACUUGUUUAGUG